CAAAAUAGAAUGCGAUUAUCAUUCCAUUCAUUUGUUCACACAAUAAAUGUCCUCUCCCUGCGCCCCUUAAAAAAGCUUGUCCUUCCUCUCUUCCAUAGCCUAAGGGUAUUAUUUACCUAUUUAGCGACCUUGGCCCUUCUCUUUCCUUCUCCGGCUAAAUAAAUUGUUUUUUGCUUCUUCCUUGUUUCAUUUGCGCUGUGAAACCGCCAGAGGAACAUAAAUUGAUGACGUUAAUAUAUGGAAUGGAGAUGACGCAUAAAUAGGUAAAUGGAAAUGAAAAUAUUUGGAAAUUCCAGAAAGAUUAAAUAUAAAUUAGGAGAUAACCUCAUUAGAAGAUACAACCUUGGAACAGAAAAAAAUCAUACAUAACUAGGGUUGCCGGCCCGGGCCGGUUAAGCUCCUAGCCUGUGUCCUAGCCUGUGCUGCUGUGUGUGUUCACUUACCCGGACCAGUCCGAAAGAUCGAGUUGGGUAUCGAAUUUUGGCCCAAAAAAGAGGCCGGGCCGGCCCAAUAAUCUUUGGGACUCUCACCUCCUCCUAUCUCCUCCUCUCACCCAUCACGUCCACUCUUAAGUGUC